CGCCGCUAAUGUAAAUCACACCGGUCUGUAUCUCUCUAUCGUGACAGAGCGCAUGUAUAGGUCCAUCAUGAUUCUACCGUUUACAAUUCCUGUUGCCUUUUUCAUCCUAUGCGCAGCUUCUGCUGUUCAGAGCACAUUCCUCGUGCACCAGUCCCCAGCUAUUCUGCGUGCAGCUGAAGGCACUCGCGUCAUCCUGAACUGCACCUUCCAGAGCGCGGGCACUUUGCCCAGUGUCGGGCAGGCCAGCUGGUGGCGUGGGCGCGUCCGGGAAGGCCAGCUCGUCUCCAACAGCAACUGGGUGUUCAAGGGCAGAGUGUUCGUUAGCGAGCUCGAGCUAUUCCUGAAUAGGAGCACGGUCUCGUUACAGAUAGCGGCGCUCCAGAGAUCUGACGCCGGCGUUUACUACUGCGAGGUGGAGUUUCUGCAGUAUGCCACACGCUACGGAGGAGGGACCACCCUGGAGGUCAUAGGAAAAGGCGACAAAGACGAAUACCCUCCCGUGUACCAGUACCCGCUGAUCAUCGAGGCUAACGAAGGAGAGGCAGCAGAGAUAGUCUGCGUUUGCUACGGAUCUCCUGACUGCCCGGAUCUGAGACUAGAUCUAGUCAGAGUGUCGGCUGGCAAAGAGGUCUCAGAGCUCAGCUCCUCUCUUCGGCGGAGAACGGAGAGCCGUCCGCUGGAGAGCUACAACAACGCUUCGGAGGUGUGCGUGCGGGUCACUGGCCUGGAAUACUCGGACUCCGGGGAGUAUAAGUGCCGGGGCUACAGCGGCAGCGGCAGUGUUAUCAUGAGCGGCAAUGCGACUACGGUGGCUGUAAAAAGCUCCUGGGCUGAGGUUCUCGUGGAUGAUGACUGCAGCGAGGACAGAGUCUGGAUCUUCGUUCGGAUCGCGAUCACACUCGCUCUGGCGGUCCUCUCUAUAGCAGCGGCCCUUCUGCCUGCCCGUACAGCGGAGUAGCUUCACCAGAGGAGCCUGCUUUGAACCGCCGCCCACCUGUCGCAAAAAGAACAUCCGAGCAAAUGUUUAGGAAUGAGAAGAGCCUGUUCAGCGCAUCCACCACGUGUCCUUACUAAUGGGAUCGAUUUUAAUAGGACAGAAUCUCAUUGUAUUUCAAAUCUAUUUACUUGACCUGUUCCACGCAUCACUCUUUGUGUGCCUUCUGUUCAGAAUGUGUUCAUUGCUAAGUUUGUAAUAAUAGGCCCGAUUCACAAAGCUUUAACGACUUACAGAUUUUUUUGUAACGUUUUUUAAUAACAGUUCUACUUUUAUUGGUGUGUGAAUGUAGAUUUGCAAUGCAGUAAUUAAUAAAUCUAUUUAAUAAAAAAUGACGUUUUUUUUAUUUAUUUUGUAUCCAGUAACAGGAAGCAUAGACGCUCGACCAAACAAGAAGGGCUUGAAUUGAGUUAGAAUAACUAAAAUCACAUUACAUUGAAAUACAUUUAUUCCAUGCAUUUCCUGACACUGCGCAUGCUGUCCUUGGUCCCGACCAAAUAUAGCAGUCGCUUAUUGUAAAUGACGUGUUUUAAUACAAGUUCACUUAACAUGAAUUGCCUGUCUGUGCGAAUUCUUUUUCCGCCCCAGUGGAAAUGUGACUGUGGUGGUCACUUCACACCAUCAGUAAUGUGGCUGUUAAGUCAGCACCGAUGUACAG